AUGGUAGGCAUUACUUAUAAAAACAAAUCUCGAACUAGGAAAAGCCCUCAUUUUACUUCGUUUAUGUUGGAGGUCACCAGCCCGAUCCAUUCUUCAGCUCGUUGUUCGAAGCAUUCUCAGUACCGAGCCGAGGUUGGUACACAGUUGAUCAAUUUCAUGAUUCAACAGUUUCUGUCGUUGUUCAUUUCCUUCUUCUUGCACUUGGAGGCGUUUGUUGCUUCCAUUCAAUCGGCUCUGGCUGUAAAGGCCGAGCUGGAUGGGAGGGAAGCUCUGGCAGUGAGGGAGAAAGAGGAGUUCUCUGCUGCCUUGGAGGCUGCUUCCUCCACCAUGAAGGAUGAGCUACUGAAGGCUCACUCUGAGGUGGAAAAUUUGAAGGCCGAGGAGAAGUUCCAACUCCUCAAGGAGAAGGACGAGAUGCUCCAGGCGCUUGAAGCGAAGGAGGAGGAGCUGAAGCGUGCGACUGCCGAGUUGGAGACGAGGACAAACUCUCUGACGCUCAAGUUAGUAAAUAUGACUGAUACAAGAAGGGGAUUUUAUCACACUGCGUUUUCUGUGGAUAGCAUGCUUUAUAUCUUAGGCAGGAGCCGGAAGUUUGAAAAGAUUUGGGACGUUUUGGUUGAUGUUAAGCUUAAAGAUCGGUCGUUAAUCACGCCGUGGACUGUUAUGGUUGUUUUGGGAAGAAUUGCCAAAGUCUGCUCUGUAAGACAGACUGUGGAGUCUUUUAGGAAGUUUAAGAAGUUUGUUCCUGAGUUUGAUGUGGCCUGCUUCAAUGCCUUGUUGAGAACUCUGUGCCAGGAGAAGAGUAUGACGGAUGCGAGGAAUGUGUAUCACGGUAUGAAGAGUAAGUUUAGACCGAACUUGCAGACGUUUAACAUAUUAUUGUCGGGUUGGAAGUCCUCGGAAGAAGCCGAGGGAUUCUUUGAUGAGAUGAGAGAAAUGGGGGUCAAGCCUGAUGUUGUUUCAUAUAAUUGUUUGGUUGAUGUUUAUUGUAAAAACAGGGAAAUGGACAAGGCGUACAAGGUUGUUGAGAGAAUGCGGGAUGAGGAUAUACAUGCUGAUGUGAUUACGUACACUAGUAUCAUUGGGGGACUCGGGUUGAUCGUUCAACCAGACAAAGCGAGAAAUAUUUUGAAGGAAAUGAAGGAGUAUGGAUGUUAUCCUGAUGUUGCAGCUUAUAAUGCUGGGAUACGAAAUUUUUGCAUUGCGAAGAGGCUUCGCGAGGCUUUUGAUUUGAUGGAUGAAAUGGUGAAUAAGGGUUUGAGUCCAAAUGCUACUACAUACAACUUGUUCUUUAGGAUCUUCCUCUGGUCAAAUGACUUGCAAAGCUGGGAAAUUGGGAUUUUUGACCCAUUCUAA